AUUUAAAAGUUUUUUCUUAUUAUUUGUUAUUUCAUGUAUGUAAUCUUUGUUCAUUGUAUUUCCAAAUUUUGAUUUUUUUUCCUCUGAUCUGGCAUGUCUCAGGUAGGGGUUGAAAUUGAAAUAGUCUUUGUAUUUUUACAAAACCUGUGCAACAUCAUUAUCCUGAAACCAUUUACAGUGCUUUCCUCUUGUGAUAUGAAUCUUAUUUUCUUUCUUGCAAUAUUUGUCUUUCUAUUUUGACAGCUCAAGUGUAAGGGCACUUUCCAGGCACUGCAGAGGCAGACAUAAAGGCCUGCAUGGCUCAGAAGCUUAAAGACCUGAGGGUUAAAAGCCGGAGUCAGAGCUCAAGUGUAAGGGCACUUUCCAGGCACUGCAGAGGCAGACAUAAAGGCCUGCAUGGCUCAGAAGCUUAAAGACCUGAGGGUUAAAAGCCGGAGUCAGGGAGCAAGAGGGAGAGAAAGAGGAAGAGGAAGAGGAAGGAGUGUUAACUUAAAUCAUCGUCAGCUUCCUGAUUGAUCAGUCAGACAUAUAGAGGCAGUUCUCUGACAGUUUGAUGAUUUUCUGCAUCAGGAUCAAACUCAGAAUGAAUAUCCACCAUGUUCUGUUCUUCUGCUUCUUAUCAGCACUGCAGGAUGGAAACACUGGACUCGUCAAUGCAAUAAACCUUUUUGCUGGAGCUGAAGGAGGAAGUGGUUCAAUUAUUUGCCACUUGACUUCAUCUGGAAGCACCAAGUUGUUCUGUAAAGGAGAAUGUAAAGAAGAAGACAUUCUCAUUGAAACAGAUGGUGUCACGGCUCAGAGUGGCAGACACAGCAUCAGAUAUGAAGACGGAUCUUCUGGAAGAAGAUCUGUGACUGUGACAAUCACACAGCUGACCAAGUCAGACUCAGGACGGUACAGAUGUGGUUUGGAAGGAUCUUCGGUCCCAGAUUCUUACACUGACUUUGAUGUCACAGUUACAGAUGAGAGGCUCCACUGUCGGCCCCAGCAGGCGGCAGCUCUACUGCGGAGGAUUUAUGCUGCCUUGACAAAAAAUGCUACUGUUGCACAAAUCGGUCGCUUUUUGAUUAUAAACAGGGCUAGACUACAAUCUUCAACCGAACACCCAACAGCUGGAGAAAGUUUGACGGCGUGUCAGCGUAUUAGUUUGUGUAAGCCGGAGCUUCCACCUGCAGCCAUGCUGACCAGCCACACCGGCAGCCGCCUCAUCCUUUUUAUUGAGGAUCAUGAGAACCUGCCCUCUGUGUGAAACAAUAUGUUUCAGCAGCGGAGGUUUACAGCCUGACGUCAGUUUCCUGUUGGGGGAAAUUAUCUUCCUGUGCCUCAACAGUUCUCUCAACAAAACAUCAUCACUGAUUAAUGAGAGAGAGAGGAAGAGGAAGAGGAAGGAGUGUUAACUUAAAUCAUCGUCAGCUUCCUGAUUGAUCAGACAGACAUAUAGAGGCAGUUUUCUGACAGUUUGAUGAUUUUCUGCAUCAGGAUCAAACUCAGAAUGAAUAUCCACCAUGUUCUGUUCUUCUGCUUCUUAUCAGCACUGCAGGAUGGAAACACUGGACUCGUCAAUGCAAUAAACCUUUUUGCUGGAGCUGAAGGAGGAAGUGGUUCACUGAGUUGCCACUUGACUUCAUCUGGAAGCACCAAGUUCUUCUGUAAGGGAAAAUGUAAAGAAGAAGACAUUCUCAUUAAAACAGAUGAUGUCACAGCUCAGAGUGGCAGAUACAGCAUCAGAUAUGAAGACGGAUCUUCUAGAAGAAAAAUUGUGACUGUGACCUUCACACAGCUGACCAAGUCAGACUCAGGACGGUACAGAUGUGGUUUGGGUGGAUCUUCAGUCCCAGAUUCUUAUUCUGACUUUGACAUCACAGUUAUAGAUGCAGCAACGUUGGGUGAAAAC